CCCCUGCACUUGGCGCUGCGCGCGAACGCAGUAGGUGUUGGCCCUCCGGCCUGAACUCUCGGAUGCUGGGAGACAGGUUGCCGAGGUCGGGAUGUGCGAGGCGCUAACUUGCCCCUCUGGGUGUAACGCUGUGAGCGGCGCAGCCGAGGAGCUGAGGGUUCCCGUGCGGGCUCGGCGUAGACCGGACCAGGCAGCAGCGGAGCGGCGCGAGGAGCCGGCGCGGGCGGAGCCGGCUUUUCUGUCGGCUGACGCAGGCCGGCGCGCCGCGCCUUUAAGGCGUCCAGCAGAGCCCGGCGCCGGGAACUGAGCGGCGCGGGCACGAGCGCUGCUGCCGGACGCGAGCGGGGCUGGGGCCAGAAGACGGGCGUCCGGAUCCGGCGGCGCGACCCAGGCGCCUGAGAAUCUCAUUUUCAGCUUCUGCCAGAGCCAGUAGCAGUUGGGAAAGAAGGCUGUGUUCUUUGAAGAUAGUUUCUCUUCACACUGUGCCACGAGGCCACGGAGAUCAUUGUCCUUAACCCUGGGAUGCCUCGCUUUUACUCAGCAGAGACGUAAACCCUGCAGGUGUCGGCCAGUCUUAAAGAGCAGGAUGGAUCUUGACGUGGUUAACAUGUUUGUGAUCGCGGGCGGCACGUUGGCUAUCCCAAUCCUGGCAUUUGUAGCCUCGUUUCUCCUGUGGCCUUCAGCGCUGAUAAAAAUCUAUUACUGGUACUGGCGGAGAACGUUGGGUAUGCAGGUCCGCUACGUUUACCACGAAGAGUAUCAGUUCUGUUAUUCCUUCCGGGGCAGGCCUGGGCACAAACCGUCCAUCCUCAUGCUCCAUGGGUUCUCUGCACACAAGGAUAUGUGGCUCAGCGUGGUCAAGUUCCUUCCAAAGAACCUGCACUUGGUCUGCGUGGACAUGCCAGGGCAUGAGGGCACCACCCGAUCCUCCCUGGAUGAUCUGUCCAUAGAUGGGCAAGUGAAGAGGAUACACCAGUUUGUAGAAUGCCUCAAGCUGAACAAAAAACCCUUCCACCUCAUAGGCACCUCCAUGGGUGGCCACGUGGCUGGGGUAUAUGCUGCUUACUACCCAUCAGAUAUCUGCAGUCUUAGUCUCGUGUGCCCUGCUGGCUUGCAGUACUCAACUGAUAAUCAAUUUGUACAGCGGCUCAAAGAACUGCAGAACUCGGCCGCCGUGGAGAAGAUCCCCUUGAUCCCAUCCACCCCAGAGGAGAUGAGUGAAAUGCUCCAGCUCUGCUCCUAUGUCCGCUUCAAGGUGCCCCAGCAGAUCCUGCAAGGCCUUGUUGACGUCCGUAUUCCUCAUAACAACUUCUACAGAAAGCUGUUUUUGGAAAUCGUCAGUGAGAAGUCAAGAUACUCCCUCCAUCAGAACAUGGACAAGAUCAAGGUCCCAACGCAGAUCAUUUGGGGGAAACAAGACCAGGUGCUCGACGUGUCUGGGGCCGACAUGUUGGCCAAGUCGAUCGCCAACUGCCAGGUAGAACUUCUGGAAAACUGUGGGCACUCAGUGGUGAUGGAGAGGCCCAGGAAGACGGCCAAGCUCAUCGUCGACUUCUUAGCUUCUGUGCACAGCACAGGCAACACCAAGAAGCUGGACUGAGGCCCCGCCUGCAGCCUGCACUCGCACACAGCAUCCACCCCCAUCUCCAGAAUCGGACACGGCCACCAUUUCUCAGGGAUCCUGCCCCAGACGCAGUCAGAGUGCCGGCGUCCCUGAGGAGGCCAGUCCCGUGUCCCCGGUCUCAACAGAUCCACAGAGCUUUGGGGGCCACGAGGAAAUCUCCAAGAUAUUUUUCACAAUAUAGAAACUCACAUGGGAAAAAAUUAAGAAAACCUAGCCAUGAAAUCUACCCAGAAGUCUUCAAGUCGUGUCGCAAAGCGGCUGCCCUGGGACCAUAAUCACCGAGGCCAUUUUCUUUAAAACAUCCUUCACAGACUGAGACUCGAGGUUUUUCUGCUGCUUCGAUGUUCUCCCCUGCAUGGUCAGUGGCUGUUUUAGGAGCAUUAGUCUCCAUCUGCUGAGCCCUUCUUGUUUAUGUCUAGUUUAAGUUUUAUGUAGAGGCCCUAUGUGAAUGCAAGUCCGUCAGCUGCAAGACCAGGGAGCAAGAUGCAAGCUAUAAAUGAUUUUAGCACAUGAGGAGGGGUGCGGUCCCAUGUCCGCGGCCCCCCUAGCUGCCAGAGCAGUGGAGAACACGGGUCGGGGGGUCGAUGGGCCCCUGCACGUCAGCCCUGUCAUGAGGGAGCCCGGAACGGUCGCCGUACAAAGAACAGGGUGGGUUUCCUGGGAAUCAUUGAUUAUUUUUUAAAAUAGGACUAAUGAAGCAAUAAUGUUCUAUAAUCAGACUCGGAUUCCACACACAAGCACCUCGUUGGGCAUCUUUUCUAUCUUGCUGUGCUACUGAAGACCUUUGGGUGUAAAAUACUAGUUUGUUAAUGAAUUCUGUGAAUUCUGUGAACAGUCAUGUGAUUGAAAAUAAGUCUAAACAGCUGUAAAAGUGACCACAAUGACAUGAAAUAAAUUUAAUAAAUCUAGAUCA